CUUGGAUGAGGAGACGUGUACGUGGUGGAGGCAGAUGCGGUGCGGAUGACGUGAAGGAGAUUUCGUUUAUAGUUACAGGGCAGGCUCACGACGUCGUGUUUUGAUGUCAGCGCGCUUCUCGGGCAAAAUGAGCGAUUAAACUUGGCUAUUCCCGGCGACUAUAGAGUAGCACAGCAAGACACAUAUUCUGCAGCAAUCGACGCAGAGGAAGGAAGCGAGAAAGAGGAACUCUCAAAUCAUUUCCGAGUGUGGUCCAUCCACAAUAUCUAAGGUGACACAUCAACGAGGUGGUAACGAAGUUCCUUGUGUGUUAAAACAAACAUGACGAGUUGGCCCAAAGAUAACGCCAAGGUGAUUGACGAUAGCACACCAAACUUGGGGGCACUACAUGACGAUGAAACAAAAAUGAACAUCAAAAAGGAUGUUAUCAAAAACAAAUGGGAGCUUUGCGAUUACACAACCGACAUUGCUGACGAUGAAGCUGUUGUCGAAAUUCUUCCCGAUUCACUGGUUCUGAAAAUCUUCGGCUACCUGGACACAGCGAACCUCUGCUGUGGGGUGCGACCAACCUGUCGACAUUGGUACGAGCUCAGCUAUGAUCGAUCACUGUGGAGACUGUUAGACGUGAGCGAGUCUGCGGUUACAGACGCCGAGUUGUUGAUGCUGCUGGACACCGUCAAGGACCAGGUACAGGAGAUUAACCUGGGCCGUUGCAGUGCCCUUACCGACGUUGGCUUCGUGCACGCCGGCAUCACUUGCACUAAACUAAGAAAAUUACAUGUAAACAAUACACAAAUCUCGGAUGAGGGCCUCAGUGCGCUUGUGCACAAGUAUCCACACCUGCGACAGAUUUCUGUCUACAUGUGUCCGUGUCUGUCUAGCAUCUAUGCACAUCUGUCCAAGCUAAAUUACUUGGAAGAGUUCGUCAACCCUUACCUAGGGAUGGACGACCCACCAGAGGACUUUAUAACGGGGCUCAGCGGAAUUCUGGGAAACUGCACGCGACUGCGCGUGCUCGUUAUUGACGAGUGCCCAAGUCUAACGGAUGAUGCGCUCGAACAGAUUGCACAGCAGUGCCCCCUGCUGGCCAAGCUGCAGCUUGUUGGCUCCAUGAACGUCACCGAUGACGGCCUGGUUGCAUUUUCGAAGGGCUGCCUCAGCUUGCUGUCAUUGAAUGUUGCUAUGACGACCAUCGGCGAUCAUGCUAUCGCAGAGAUCACCACUAGGUGCCGUUCGCUGCAGAACCUAACGAUAUCCGGGGCUGCGCGCAUCACCGACCGCGGGCUAGCCGCUGUGGGGCGCCACUGUGCAUCUCUGCGCUGUCUCGUCGUGAAUGAUUCCUUCGUCACGCCUAGUAGCGUGACAGACACGGGCAUUUCAGCUAUCGCGCGUGGCUGUCGCCAGUUACGCUACCUGGAAAUAUGCUACUGCCAACACGUGGGCGAUACAAGUGUGGUGUUGCUGGCACGCUGCUGCCCCCUGCUUGAGAAACUGCAUGUCAUGGGCAGCGAAGGAGUUACGGACGUAACCCUGCAGGCAGUGGCUGAAACCUGCCCACGCUUUUCCUGUCUAGUCGCACAAUCGUGUCCCGGUAUCACCGACGUCGGAAUCACAGCUCUUCUCACCAAGUGUCGGCAACUAGAGGUGGUGGACGUUGCCAGAUGCACAAACGUCAAGUCGUUUGGUGAGAUACUCGUAGAGUCUCCAAGUCGACUCAGUGUACUCGACGUGAGCAUGUGCGAAGCUAUAGGUGGCGCUGCUCUGCAGCAGAUGGCCGAGUGGAGUCCUGGUCUUGAUCACCUGUUCAUGCACGGGUGCGUGGAGGUGGAUGACGACGGAGUGAGGGCGCUGGUGCAGCGAUGCUCCAUCCUGCAGCACCUCGAGCUGUCAGUGCUACCAUCGCAGCGCUCCCUGGUAACGGACGUGGGUCUCGGUCACAUCGCCACGCAUUGUAAACAUCUACAGCAGCUAAACAUCAGAGGAAACUGUUACGUCACCGAGGCAGGCCUUUUGCUUCUGCUGACAAAGUGCGUGGCACUUCGAAGACUCUUCCUUACGGUCGGUGCGGGCACAGAGCUAGAGGAAGACAGCAUCUUUCAGUUGGUGGAGGCUGCAAGGGGGCGCUGUGAGGCUUUGCUAACGGGAACAGGAGCGCCGGACGCUCGCAACGCCAACUUCAGGUUUCCGCCGCUGGCAAAGACUCUGUACUGUCAGAAGAAUGAGAACGUCAUGGACUUUGGAUUGUACUGACUCCUCAUCACCCCUCAGAUACCCCUUACGUGAUAGCAUACGCUCUAACACAUUCUACAGCACACGCCCAGCUUUAUAUGACAUGUACAAAGAUUUGAUGUCAUGACGUGAUCUGACCAUGUACAAUAGUAGAUUAUAUAUUACAAUAGUAGAUUAUAUACAAUAUUAACUGUGUAAUUGUAUCAUACAGAUACUAUAUAACUAUAUACCUAUGCCUGUGCUAUGAUUAUAUUAUGGGAAAUGUGCAUUAAUAAUGUUAUGAUGCGAGAUAAUGUAAGUUAAAAUAUAUAAUAAGGGAUGUGGGUCUAUUUGGAAAAUGUGAUGUACAAUCUGAUGUUAUUUUAUAAUUCUGAAUCUAGAGGCACUUUUCCAUGAAAAUGGCCAUGUUGGUCGAGUAAUUGUUUUCCCCCAAUAGCAGUGCUGGGAAUGAGUUCAGUAUAAUGGAAAUGCUCAGGUACGAAUUUAAAGGGUGCAUGGUAUGUUGGGUGACUAGACACCCACCUUUAGACUGCAAGAAAAUAAUUGUACUCACUGAAUUAAAAUGAACUAAACAUGUGUGAACAAAUGAAUUUGUUAAAGUUAACUAAAAAAAAAGAGGGAGGAUACAGAAGGAAAUUUAUUCACUUGCGAAUUGCCAUUCAAAAAUUUGUGAUAUCUAGCUAGCUGAAACAGUGUGUAUACAAUAGCCCGCGUCGAGAACAUUUGUGAGCGCUUCAUCGUUAUACAACCAAGGAAAAUGAUGUCGAGGUUCGUGUAUCGUACGCAGAAAUAGUUAUUGUUACCGCGGUAAAACUAUACCCUUCUUAGCUAAUCAUAAUUGCCUUGUUACACGUAAUAUAUCCGCGGUUAAAUCAUUUUUACCCCGUACUUGUUACUGAUCAGCGACGCGAGUGUCAUUUCCAAUGUACAUUAGUAUAGGGAAGUGUGGCGGGAUCUUGCGGCCCAAGUAAAAUCUUGGAUCGGAUUUUGCUAAGCACAUCUUUCGCGGGCAUACGCUUGCCCAGUUUGAGCGCGUAUAAGAUCGGCCGAAAAUAAUAUCUUGGCUGGCAACAGCGACCAGCGACGCGAGCGCCAUUCCCCAAGUAUAUUACAGGGAUAAGAACAGCAAGAAAGGAAAAAAGAGGAAAAGAUAACGAAUGACAAGUACGAAGCGGCCAAGUGGGGAGGGUGCGGGAGGGGUGCACCCUCCCCCAAGGGGAAUCCCCCCAGAAUUUUUUUGAGAAAAAUGGACUCUGUAACGGCAUCUUUAGGCCAUGUGGAGAUACAUUCUAGCUCAAUUUAGGUAUUUGCAAAAGCCAUACUUGUAAUAUAAUAUUUUAACAACAGAUUUGAGGCCUUCCCCAUGACCUUUUGUUGCUAAUCUAGCAACUGUACAUAAUGGCUAACAAUAUACAUUAAACUGGUACAAAACAAUUAUAACAUUUCUUUCAAGCAUGAAUAAUUAAAAUAUAAAAUUGUCAUGCGAUAUAAAAAUUUACUCAAACCAUGUUAAAAGUUAACAGGCAGUACACUAAUGUUUACCUGUCUAGCAGUUUAACAAAUUAAACGGGCAGAAUUGGUUGGUGCUGAAGUCAAAACAAAUAUUAAUGAUAUUAUAUUGGAUUGAUUGGAAUAGCCAUUUGAAACAGAAAUAGUCAUCAGAAAUAGAAUCAGUGUUUUGUUUU